CAGUUCACUACCGCUGUAGUACUCAGUCUGUCCCACUGAGCUGUCAACACAGCAGACCUGCGCUCCGUUUGUCUGCCGCCGCCGCUGCGACAACAUUUUUCAACCACACUCAGUCCAUUUUCCGCUUCAACGACGUUUUCCUUCAGAUAACAGCGACUCACGACUCACUAUGAUUCGAAGGUGAUCUUAAGAGAGACCAGGUGGUUCUGGGGUUCCAGGUUGGUGUGGUGAGAGAGCAAGCUAACUACGGGGUGAAGGACCACCUGGGGCAUCGUGUCCCUGCUUCUUAAGUGAUUUAGGAAGGGGCUUGGCACAUUGUCUGCAGCAUGGAGAAGGAAGACUUGAAGAUUCUCAACAAGGGGGAAGAGGAGGAGAUGGAGCUGCAGGGCUACCGUCUAUGUCAUUGGCGGUUGGUCCUGGUGGGCCUCGGGGUGCUGUGUACAGGGGGCUUCCUCCUUCUGCUGCUUUACUGGAUGCCAGAGUGGUGCGUCAAAUCCACCUGCACCCGCACCACAGCCCGUGAUGCUGAAGUGGUGUUGAUGCGCUCUGUGGAUGAGUUCAAGCGCUGGUUUCUGGCCCGGGUGCGAGUGAUGCUGGCCCCAGGGAGCAAGCCCUUCCACAGCCUGGAGACCCAGACCACCUCCCCCUGCUCCCCUUCUUCUUCUUGCCCCUUCUCCUCUCCUGCCUCCCCACCUAUAGCCAACGGACAUGCCACUCACCCCUCCGAAGGCAGUCCCACUCAGGAGCUCAUUAGAAGAUAUGCUGACUACCAGCCCACACAGAUUCGCUAUUUUACCUUCCAUAGCUCAAAGUAUUAUUGGAAUGACGAGGUGCAGAACUUUAAAGUUUUAAAUGGCCUGGAGGAUCUGCAGAUCAGCUGCUCCACCCUCCACUCGGAGCACAGCACAGGCCUGACCAGGAACCAGCAGGAGUACAGGAGACUGUUCUUCGGAUUUAAUGAAAUUGCAGUGAAAGUGCCUUCUGUUUUCAAGCUGCUUAUCAAAGAGGUCCUCAACCCUUUUUACAUCUUCCAGCUCUUCAGUGUGAUCCUGUGGAGUGCCGAUGAGUAUUACUACUAUGCUGCGGCCAUUGUUUUCAUGUCAGUCAUAUCCACAGCUACCUCUCUGUACACCAUCAAAAAGCAAUACGUCAUGCUUCAUGACAUGGUGGCAGCUCACAGUAUUGUCCGUGUGUCUGUAUGCCGAGUCAACAAUGAGAUCGAUGAGAUUUUGUCCACUGACCUGGUGCCUGGUGAUGUGAUGGUCAUCCCCAGCAAUGGGACCAUCAUGCCAUGUGAUGCUGUGUUAAUCAGCGGCACAUGCAUUGUCAAUGAAAGCAUGCUCACAGGUGAGAGUGUUCCUGUGACAAAGACCAACCUCCCAAACCCAGUGCCAGAUGACAUGAGGGGGGAGACUGACAGCAUCUACAACACCGAGGACCAUAAGAGACACACACUUUUCUGUGGCACGAAUGUCAUCCAGACCCGCUUCUACACUGGUGAACUGGUUAAGGCUGUGGUGGUUCGUACAGGUUUCAGCACAGCAAAAGGCCAGUUGGUGCGCUCCAUUCUGUAUCCAAAACCCACUGACUUCAAGCUGUACCGUGAUGCCUACCUCUUCCUGUUGUGUCUGGUGGCUGUGGCUGGAAUUGGCUUUGUUUACUCCAUUGUUCUCAGUGUUAUGAACGAGGUGUCAGCUAAGACCAUCAUCAUUGAAUCCCUAGACAUCAUUACAAUCACUGUGCCACCAGCGCUGCCCGCCGCCAUGACGGCUGGCAUUGUGUAUGCACAGCGACGCCUCAAACACAUCGGCAUUUUCUGCAUCAGCCCACAGAGGAUCAACAUCUGUGGGCAAAUCAACCUGGUCUGCUUUGACAAGACUGGGACCCUUACAGAAGAUGGAUUGGACUUGUGGGGUGUCCAGAGAGUUGAUAAUGGCUGUUUCCACCUGUCAGAGGAGAAUGCCUACAAGGAGAAUCUUGUCAAGUCCCAGUUUGUGGCUUGCAUGGCCACCUGCCACUCCCUUACUAAAAUAGAGGGCCAGCUGUCUGGAGACCCACUGGACCUGAAAAUGUUUGAAGCUACAGGCUGGAUCCUGGAAGAGGCGACUGAAGAGGAAACUUCUCUCCACAACAGAAUCAUGCCCACUGUGGUUCGGCCCCCAAAACAGCUGUUGCCCCAAGAGUCCGUUGCAUCACAAGAACAGGACAUGGAACUCUAUGAGCUCUCGUCGGUGUACGAGAUUGGUAUCGUGCGGCAGUUUCCUUUUUCCUCAGCUCUCCAGAGAAUGACUGUGGUGGCACGUCUGCUGGGUGAAAAACGUAUGGAUGCUUACACAAAGGGGGCGCCAGAGGUGGUUGCUGGUCUCUGCAAGAAAGACACAGUGCCAGAAAAUUUUCCUGAGGUCUUGGAGGGCUACACCAAGCAGGGUUUUAGGGUCAUUGCUCUGGCUCACCGGCGACUGGAAUCCAAACUCACCUGGCACAAAGUCCAGAACAUUAACAGGGAUCACAUCGAGGCCAACAUGGAGUUCUUGGGUCUGAUCAUCAUGCAGAAUAAACUGAAGGUAGAAACUCCAGCAGUGCUGCGUGACCUCCGCCAAGCCAACAUCCGCACUGUCAUGGUUACUGGUGACAACAUGCUGACAGCGAUUUCGGUGGCUCGAGACUGUGGGAUGAUCCCUGCCCAGGAUACAGUCAUCAUUGCUGAUGCUCUCCCUCCUCAUGACGGACAAGCCGCCAAGAUCACAUGGAGAUACGCUGACAAGCCGAGCCAGACAUCUCUCCUCGAGGAAGUGAACAUCAGUCUGGAGGGUGUUUCUCAUGUUGAUGAACCCAAAGCACAAGAGCUCUACCACUUUGCCAUGAAUGGAAAAUCAUUUGGUGUAAUCGCUGAGCAUUUUCCUGACAUGCUUCAAAAGUUGGUGCUGCAUGGGACGGUGUUUGCCAGAAUGGCCCCAGACCAGAAAACUGAGCUUAUUGAGGCGCUGCAGGGCGUAGACUACUUUGUGGGCAUGUGUGGGGAUGGAGCUAAUGACUGUGGGGCUUUGAAGAGGGCUCAUGGUGGUAUCUCACUGUCAGAGCUCGAGGCUUCUGUAGCCUCUCCCUUCACCUCCAGGACUCCAAACAUCUCCUGUGUCCCCAGCCUCAUCAGGGAGGGCCGUGCUGCUCUCAUCACCUCAUUCUGCGUGUUCAAGUUCAUGGCCCUCUACAGCAUCAUCCAGUAUAUCAGUGUCACUCUCCUCUAUUCUAUCUUCAGUAACCUUGGAGACUUCCAGUUUCUUUUCAUUGAUAUUUUUAUCAUCCUCCUUAUUGUCUUUACCAUGAGUCUGAACCCAGCGUGGAAAGAGCUUGUGUCACGUCGGCCUCCAUCAGGUCUCAUCUCAGGGUCACUGUUGUUCUCUGUGCUGACCCAGGUCCUCAUCUGCUUGGCUUUCCAGACCAUAACAUUCCUUUGGGUCCAACAACAGCCUUGGUACACAACCUGGACACCUUUUACAGAUGCCUGCAACCUGUCGUCACAUAUGAACACGUCUGACCACAAUAGCACAGAGCUGGACGAUCACAACAUCCAAAAUUUCGAGAACACCAGCCUCUUCUAUGUCUCCGCUUUCCAGUAUCUCAUUGUUGCCAUCGUUUUCUCAAAGGGCAAACCUUUCAGGCAGCCCAGCUACAAAAACUGGCCUUUUGUGCUGUCUGCCUUGAGUUUGUACAUUUUCCUGCUGUUUAUCAUGUUCCACCCUGUCGAAAACAUUGACAGCUUUCUCGAGAUUGUUUGUGUCCCGUUCGAAUGGAGGGUAAAGCUUUUCCUCAUCAUCGUAGUUAAUGCUGCGGUGUCUGUGGUGGUGGAGACCUUCAUCCUUGACAUCGUCUUAUGGAAGCUUCUGUUCAGCCGAGAAAAACAGGGCAGCUUUGGCAUCAGUCCGGCACCACAGAGGGGUAUUGACCUACGGGCGCACAAGUGUCUUUCUUGGAUGUGCUGUCCACGCAAGAUGCCCAAGGCCCGCUACAUGCAUCUGGCCCAGGAGCUCAGUGUGGACCCCGACUGGCCUCCAAAACCAACUACCACCACUGAAGCCAGACCCCACCCACAAAACGGCUCCACCUAUCAAAUAAUGAUCAGCUCCUAGCACCCCCCCACACAUACAUGUGCAGCACCUCCCCUUUUCCAGUUGACCCUGUCAUACUGUAGACAUGUUUAGAAGACAUGCUUAGUGAACGCACAUUGAGAAUCGUGUCAUCACUGUUCAGAGACAUGCCUCUAUACUGUAGUUCCAGAGACAUUACUGUGUCAGAGAUCACUUUUUCAGAGUUUGGAUGCUAUUCUUCGUUCUGGCUCGCCCACUUGUGUGCUCUCAGGUCUAUUGCUUUAAAUGCCAUUGGAAUAUCUGUAGCAUCGAAUUAAAUUUGUAUCCAUUAUUUCAAUGUCUGUUAACCAAAGCUGAGCAGGAUUUCAGCCCAGGGUUGAUAAGCCAGGCUGAAUCAGCACAUCAACCUAAUAAUGAUCUCCUCUCUUUGACUAGAAGGGAUAUAAAAGAGAAUUUGAGUGCCAGUCUACUUAAGAGAUGGCUUCAGAAAAAUGGGAAACAUCCGAUGGUGUUGAUGCUUGAACAUAGUUUUUGUUCUCAUUUGCAGCCACAGUACUUCAUAACCAUUUUGACUAAAAAAUUAAAUAAACUAUCACAUCUGAGCCUAUCAGAGACAUCACUGAAAAGUAAAAGAAGUAAAAUAUAGAAUAAAAUGCUAUUCAAGUUGUAAUUUGGCACAUUAAGUAUGAACCAUUCUGACAUGUUUGAUUCCAAUUUUUAAAAGUGGAAAGACCAAGUAGCAGUGGAGUUUUCCACUGUGUUUUUUCAUUUCUUCACCUCACUUUAAGGACAUUAACACAGUGAGUUAAUCGCUGGUAACAUAUUGUGGGUGCAGCAGGCUCCGUUUACUACCAUGUAGUGGUCUGUUACAUCCUAUUCUAAUGUACAUAUAUGAUAUAACCCUAUUUCAAUGAGCUAGCUUGCCAUCACUUGGCAUGCACUAAUGAAAGAGCACAGAGUGAAAACCAGAACUAUUUUAAAGUUUACCUAGGUUCCCCGUGUGAUGACUGAAAUGAUUCACUUGAGACCACACGCUUUCAAGCACACUAAGUUAUAGAUGACUAAGAAAGAAGAAAGGGUGUGAUCUGCCUUAUUAACUUGCUAACACCAAGCAGAACUUCAUAUUCUGAUUUAAUGCAAAACUGAAAUCUGCAUAUCAAAUUGAGUGCAAGCUGGGUAUGAAAAUAUUACAUUUGUUUUGUAGCUGCUACCAUCUAUCAUGAUGUGACAUUUCCUCUGAAAAUCAGUUUUUGACUGAUAAAUAUGGCCAGGCUAGGAUUCAAGUACGCAGACUUUUAUGGUGAUUAUACAUUAUAAAUCACAGGUCAAAAAUUUUAAGUUUUAUUGUUUUGUGUUUUUUAAAGAUUUGUAUAAAGAAUUUUAAAGUGAAAACUGAGACGGACUGAUAAAAUAAAAAGAUGUGCUCAUUCACUCAAAACUGCAGGCUGGGACCUGUGGUAGGCUAUACUUAUAUAUAUAUCUUUGUCAGUUUGGCUGAGAUGAUAGUAUCGUCAUGAUAGGAUUAUGUAGAAAAAUAAAAUUAAAAAGGUAAUUUAUUUUGUCCAUGCCAGAAAUGUGACUCGGUCGUCUGUUGGUCCACAAUUUAAUAUCUCAAAUACUGUUUGAUGCAAACGCCAUGAACUCUGGCAUUACUUACUUUAUUGUUGGCCUCCAAAUGUAUCAUGUCAUGCCACCAACAUGUCAGCACAACAGGUUACCUUUUUAGAACUUUGAACUCUAUUCAACCUUAGCUGUGCUGUGAAAUCGCAGCCAACAUGGCAUGCAAAGGUUUUUCAUCCAUUCAAAAGAAUAUGUUGUGUCUAACUUAGUUUUGCACCCUUAUGGGCUGCUACAGUGGCUAUGAAAUAUCCAUGUUUUUGUACCUAUGAGCCAUGUCCUGUCUGCUUCUAACGGCUAUAUGAAACUACAUUAUUACUGAGGUGUCAGCUCGCUAUGUGCUAAAGACUUGAAAGACUAAAUGGGUGCAAUGCUAGAUAUACUACUGCAAACAUACAGCAUUUCUGUAGAAUUAAGGAACAGUAACAUGAAACACAUUUAAAAAUAAUCCACACAAAAAGCAGCAUGAAUUUCACUGAUGGAGAGUUGGUUCCAUGCAUGACACCAUAGCAAUCAAAGUGUCUUUCAACUGCGAAACUAGUGUCAGUUAAGCUACAGAAAGCCAGUAGAUUCAUUUUCUUAUGAAAGUGACCGAAUAUGUUAUAAUAGUAAAGGAGGAACUGUGCUCCCUAAUCGCUUGCUGCCUCUGGUGCAUUCUAAAGAUUCAUGCAACAGCACACCCUGCUUAAGAGGGAUGCACAAUACUAAACACGGUUGUGUAUAUAUGUAUUAAAUGAGCUAAAUCAUAGCGUUGAGGGCUGUUUUUUAUGUUGCUGUUCAAAAUGUGGUUUACACACAGCAUGUAGACUUUGACGAUGGCUGUAAAUGCUUGUUUUCUUCCUCAAUAAACUGAACGUGAAUUGCAGUAAUGCUUUACUAAGCAAAUGUGAACUGCUCAGACUUUCUUACAAUCACAGAGUGAAACUGGCUCAUGAUGAACCAUUUUGAAAGGAGAAAACUGCAGACCUCACAAAGCCACCACAUAUAACAUUUGAUAGACAAAAUGCAAUUGUAGGGUGGAGAUAUCACUUUACAGCAAAAAUACUAACACAUGCAAUUUAUUUCCACUGUCUAUGUUAAAGCAGUUUCAUAAAUUAAAGAGUUUUAAAUAAUUCUUAGUGCAAAUCUGGCAAUGAGACCUUGGUCCGCCUAAAUGUUCUAUUAUGUCUUCCUAUGACAACUUUAAGCUGUUACUCAAAUGUUUGGUAAAAAAUAUGCUGCAUAAUCAGAUACUUGUAUGACUCGUACAAUUAAAAUAAUACAGUUU